AUGGGAAUUGAAACCGGCGCGACUGGUGCCGUGACACAUCACGCCACGAUCAAACCACGGCAGUAUGAUAGGUGCAUUUCCCUGGCACCCCCAACUCCAAAUUUUGGAUUUACACCAAAAGUUCUCGUUUGUGCUGGUGUGUGCUCGAAUUCCAUUGUUUGUGCUAAAACCUCUCAGGAAUUGCAAAGGUUUAUGUUCGGAGGUGCCAAAAAAAUGACUGCAUCCCCACCUCUGAAUUUUAAAUUCAAACUAAUGGCCUUUAUUUGUGCUAGUUUAUGCUCAAAUUCCAUCGUUUGUGCUGCAUUCCCUGAUGAACUAUCAGAUUUUUUUAGUGAGGUUGAUAUUGAGCCAUUACUCAACCUCAACUCAGAAUUUUGGAAUUUUAAAUGA